ACUCGAUGUAGCUCGUUCGUUCUGUUCAUCGUUCAGUCAUUGUGGUUUGUCAGCCGAGAACUAUCGCGCUACGUUGGUAGCGGAUCAACCGAUCAAAUUCGUUUUUUUUUUUUUGCGCGCGCGCGCGAUUCUAUUUCUCUUCCGGAGUUUUCCAAUGUGAUGACAAUGUUUUGACUCGAUCGAGAAGUCUUCUUACUUGAAUUGAGACGUGUGAUUGAAAAAAGUAAUACGUAUCGAUCGUCGUUCGUGUUGUUGAGAUUGGAGAGGAGAAUCAGAUUUUUGUCGUUAUGCACGAAAGAAUAAAAAUCAGUUCAAACGAAAAACGGAAGAACAAUUAUUGUUGACAGUUGAACACUGCCAACAAUAGAGACAUUGAAAGAGAUAGAUAAAUAAUUUGAAUCGAAAUUUUUCGUUAUCCUUCUUACCAUGCUGAGAGGAAUUACUUUGUUAAUCUUGCAGAUUUUCUGCAACAUCGCAUUGGCGAGACAAGGCAGAAAAGUAUAUCUAACGGUCUCCUCUUUGUGGAGAUCAAUCCCUGACUCCGACAAAAUAAUCGACGCUGAGUUAGAAGUAAAUUGGGAAUUGGAUUGUCCGGCAGACACAAAAUAUUCAGAAAUCCAGGAUUACCAGAUCAAGGUGUUCACUGCUAACCCAUUAGCAGUACAUAGUAAGACAAUAAAGCCUGAAUUGACUUUGACUUCCUUGCAAUGUCCGCGAGGAUAUUACAGGACAAAUAUCACGGUCGGUCGUCCGCCGCUACCAGGAGGGUGGGAUAAGAGGGACGGAGCGACUCUUCCGGGAUCACAUUGCUUUAAUUAUUAUGCAAUUCUCUACAAAAACUCUCACAUGUUUUCCAUGACUUGUUUGAAGAUUUGGCCGACUUGGAUGCACGAUUUGAGAAGAGAAAUCGGCACGCUUCCUAUCGGCAGUCUGAUGAUACCCGGAACACAUAAUUCUGGUUGUUAUAAACACGGCGAUCUGACACGUCGCGAUGCUUUUCAGCGAUAUUUGCUAACGCAAGAUCGCGAUGUGUGGACGCAGUUGGUGCACGGCAUAAGAUAUUUGGAUAUCAGAGUCGGGUACUAUCCGUUGAUACCGAACGGCACCGCACUUGACGAAGAGGGUAAUCAUGUGAGCAGAUUCUGGGUUAAUCACGACGUCAUUCGCAUCACACCUCUUUCAGAGAUUUUAAGAGACGUGAGAAACUUCCUAGACGCGACGAGGAGUGAAGUUGUGAUUAUGGACUUUCACAGGUUUCCCGUGGGUUUCGAAGGUAGACCGAACAGACACCGGAAACUGUUAGCUAUUCUACAUCGCGAGUUCGAAGGAUUAAUUUUAAAGCCAGACAGAGGGGUCGAAGGUCUGGGACCAACAUUGAAUGACAUAUGGACCGGCGGGAAGAGAUUAAUUAUUUGUUAUGGCGACAAGCACACCGUAAACGAAUUUGACUGGCUGUGGCCGCCCUUGACGCAAGUAUGGGGCAAUCAACAAACUGUGGAGGGUCUUUUCGAGUACUUGGACGAAGAGAUCUUACGACCAAAGAGACGCAGGAAUAGUCAGAAUCCAUUGUGGGCGGUAAUGGCGGAACUAACACCAUUCCCGUUAGACAUUUUAUUUAAUCUAUCCGGCGGACUUCGGCAAAUGGCCGAUUCCGUUAAUCGAAAUCUUACUGUCAAGUUUCAAGAAGAGUGGUGGAAAGAAACGAAUAUCGUAGCUACAGACUUCUUUCUUGGAAAUGAUCUAAUUUGGGUAUCAAGAAUGUCGAACAUAAAGAAACGCAAUAUCGCCCAAUGGCAUCUGUAACUCGCGUAUAGAAUUACAUUGAUAACAUUGUUGGCGUUUUUUUGUUGUCGAAUGUAAUAAAUCUGUUUUAUCGCCAAGUAAAUCGAUCACUUCUGAUAAUUUUUUGUUUCUAAUAAAAUGCAGUGGGAGAGAUCCUCGGAGUUUUGUGAAUUUUGAUAUUUAACGUUAUCGUAUGUACGUAUUUUAUAAAUUUACUGGGGAACUAACUGUGAGUUUUAUUGAUUAUAUUAGUUAAUUGCUAUA